UUUGCUGUUUCAGGGGGUAACAUCUGCACCACCCGUGGGGUGAACUCCUGCAAGCAGUGCCUGGCUGUGAGCCCCCUCUGUGCUUGGUGCUCCAUGGAGGUAAGAAUGCAAUCAUCCCCUCGCUGUGACCUGCUUGCAAACCUGCAAAAAAGUUGCAGGCAGGAAUAUAUUGAGUUUCCCACCAGCACCGUAACCAUCCUGGAGGACCAACCCCUCAGUGACAAGGGCUCAGGGAGCUCCACCACCACACAGAUGAGCCCCCAGAAAAUACAACUGAACCUGAGGCCGGAUGACUCCCAGAUUUUUCGUGUCCAAGUGCGUCAAGUGGAAGACUACCCUGUGGACAUCUACUACCUGAUGGACCUGUCCAACUCCAUGAAGGAUGAUCUGAGGAACAUCCAGUACCUGGGUACCAAGCUGGCCAGCGAGAUGCGCAAGCUCACCAGCAACCUACGCAUUGGCUUUGGAGCCUUUGUGGACAAGCCCAUUUCCCCCUAUAUGUAUAUCUCUCCUCCUCAAGCCAUCGCAAACCCUUGCUAUGAGAUCGGGGAAACCUGUCUGCCCAUGUUUGGCUACAAACACGUCUUGUCACUCACGGAUGAGGUGACCCGCUUCAACGAGGAGGUGCAGAAACAAAAUGUCUCACGGAACCGUGACGCGCCUGAGGGCGGCUUCGACGCCAUCAUCCAGGCCACUGUGUGUGAUGAGAAAAUCGGAUGGAGGAACGAUGCUUCCCACCUACUCGUCUUCACCACGGAUGCCAAGACCCACAUUGCACUGGAUGGCAGGCUGGCUGGCAUCGUGCAGCCCAACGAUGCCCAGUGCCACAUUGACAAGGAUAACUUCUACUCUGCCUCUACCACAUUGGACUAUCCCUCUCUGGGUCUGAUGACUGAGAAACUAUCACAGAAGAACAUCAACUUGAUCUUUGCUGUGACAGAUACGGUUGUUGGCCUCUACCAGAACUACAGUGAGCUGAUCCCAGGCACCACCGUUGGCACCUUGUCCAGAGACUCCAGCAAUGUCCUGCAGCUCAUAGUGGACUCUUAUGGGAAAAUCCGUUCCAAGGUGGAGCUGGAGGUGCGCGACCUCCCUGAAGAGCUCUCCCUGGCCUUCAAUGCCACCUGCCUCAACGAUGAGGUCAUCCCUGGGCUCAAGUCUUGCGUGGGACUCAAGAUUGGGGACACGGUGAGCUUCAGCAUUGAGGCCAAGGUGCGGGGAUGCCCACGGGAGCGGCAGAAAUCCUUCACCAUCAAACCUGUGGGCUUCAAGGACAGCCUGACAGUGGUGGUGAACUUUGACUGUGACUGCUCCUGUGAGAGCCAAGCCAAGGCCAACAGCUCAUUCUGCAGCCAAGGCAAUGGCACGCUGGAGUGCGGCGUGUGCCGCUGCAACCCCGGGCGCCUGGGCUCGCACUGCGAGUGCUCGGAGGAGGAGUACAACCCCUCGCAGCAGGACAACUGCAGCCCCAAGCCAGGCCAGCCCCUCUGCAGCCAGCGUGGCGAGUGCAUCUGCGGGCAGUGCGUGUGUCACAGCAGUGAUUUUGGGAAGGUGACAGGCAAAUACUGCGAAUGUGAUGACUUCUCCUGUGUCCGCUUCAAGGGCCAAAUGUGCUCAGGCCACGGGCAGUGCAGCUGUGGGGACUGUCUGUGCGACUCAGACUGGACCGGUGACUACUGCAACUGCACCACCCGCACUGACACAUGCAUGUCCAGCAACGGGCUGGUGUGCAGCGGCCACGGCUCCUGCGUCUGCGGCAAGUGUGACUGUACGCAGCCUGGCUCCUACGGCGACACCUGCGAGAAGUGUCCCACGUGCCCGGAUGCCUGCACCAUCAAAAAGGAGUGCGUGGAGUGCAAAAAGUUUGAGCGAGGAGUGCUGGUGGAGCAGCAGACCUGCAGCCGCAUGUGCCGCGAUGAGAUCGAGAUGGUGCAGGAACUGGGUGACAGGGGCAAGGAUGCCGUGAACUGUACCUACAAGGACGAGGACGACUGCGUUGUGCGGUUCCAGUACUAUGAGGACUCCAGUGGCAAGUCCAUCCUCUAUGUUAUUGAGGACCGAGACUGCCCAAAGGGGCCGGACAUCCUGGUGGUCCUGCUGUCAGUGACAGGUGCCAUCCUGCUCAUUGGCCUUGCUGCCCUGCUCAUCUGGAAGCUCCUCAUCACCAUCCAUGACCGCCGGGAGUUUGCCCGCUUCGAGGAGGAGAAGGCCAGGGCCAAGUGGGACACGGGCCACAACCCUUUAUAUAAAGAGGCUACGUCUACCUUCACCAACAUCACAUACCGUGGGAACAUGUAA